AUGUCCCCUAAGGUGAGCCGUUGGGACACUGAGAGCAGAGGUACCAUCAGCAGAGAGGUCGCAGUGCUAAAGCCUUCAGGGACCUGGGCAGCCAAAAGAGGGCUCCUCAUAGAAGGGGGCUGUCAUCUGCAUGUCUUCCCCAGCUAUGCAGAUGCAUACCAGGAGGCGGAAAUGAUGCCCCAGAAAAGCUGGCGCCGCAGAUUCGGACCUAACACAAAGCUGCUGAACAGACAGGCCUCCCGUCCUGCUGACUCUGCCUUUGACGCCUCUGCCGAAGAUGAGCUGUUUCUGUCUGCACUUGGUGUCACUGGGAUCCUGGCCAAUCUGGAGCAAGGCCUAGCUGAAGAUGGCGGCUUGGGCAGCAUCAGCCCUGAGAACAGGCAGGCCUCUGUGCAGCUGUGGAGGUCACGUCUGGGCCGGGUGAUGUACUCCACAGCCAACUGUCUGCUCCUGAUGAAGGACUACGUGCUUGCUGUGGAUGCAUACCAUUCCGUUACCAAGUACUACCCGGAGCAGGAGCCUCAGCUGCUGAGCGGCAUCGGCCGCCUCUUCCUGCAGAUUGGAGACAUAAAGACAGCUGAAAAGUAUUUUCAAGACGUUGAAAAAGUAACACAGAAAUUGAAGGGACAACAGGGUAAAAUAAUGGUUUUAAUGAACAGAGCGUUCCUACACCUCGGUCAGAAUAACUUUGCAGAAGCCCACAAGUUCUUCACUGAGAUUUUAAGGAUGGAGCCAACAAAUGCAGUGGCCAACAACAAUGCUGCGGUGUGCCUGCUUUACCUGGGCAGACUCAAGGACUCCCUGCGGCAGCUGGAGGCUAUGGUCCAGCAGGACCCCAGGCAGUACCUGCAUGAGAGUGUGCUCUUCAACCUGACCACCAUGUACGAGCUGGAGUCCUCGCGCAGCAUGCAGAAGAAGCAGUGCCUGCUCGAGGCCGUUGCCAGCAAGGAGGGGGACAGCUUUAACACACAGUGCCUCAAGCUGGCUUAGUGUCCUCCAUGCCACUGCGGCCCGAGAACUCUGCUCCUUGGGAACUGUGUACAUGGAUCUAACAUAUUAAUGCAGCUCUGGCGAAUUCAAUAAAAGCUGUUCACUGGUGUCUUGAUCCAGAAUGACAGCCCAGGCUGCAGGCGUCCCAGCAGUCUGUUGAAAUCCAGCCA